AUGGGCGCGCGCUGCUGCAGACCGCGCGCCGACGAUGGAGACGCGGUCGCGCGCGCCGACGCCGACGUCGACGCGCUCCACGACGCGUUCCACGACGCGCGUCACGACGCGUUCGAGAUCGAUUGGGACGACGACGUGCGAUGCGACGCGAAUUUCGACGUCGCGCGCGCGCGGCGCGAGUGGAUCGGCCGCGCGGACGCGCUGACGACGGUGGACGCGUGCGCGAACGAUGCCGAACGGUUGGCGGCGCUCGGCGAGCUCGAGGCGGCGCUGUGGAUGGUGGCGCGGGAGGACGCGACGGGGAGCGCGCGGGACGAGGCGUCGACGCGUCGACGCGAGGCGUGGCGGGACGUGUACGAACAAGCGAUCGCGCUGAACGACGUUGAAUUAGAGGAACAUCACGAUGGGUGGAAACCGGUGGAUAAGGGGGCGAAGCGAGCGGCGCAUCAUCGGCGACAGGCGAGCGUGGAGGUGGACGCGGAGGUCAUCAUUGGAGCGAAUCACAGCCGGCGAGCGUCGAGCGUGGACUUUGGGAUGCGGAGGACGUCGAGCGUGGAUUUCGGGCGGAUGCGAGCGAGCGAGAGCGGGAGUCGACGGACGUCGAGCAUAGAUUUAGGGCGAGGGUUGAGUCGACAGUGGGCUUCGAGCGUGGAUUUCGAGCGUGGGGGCGCGAACGACGCUCGGAGAAGUUUGCGACAGUCGGGCGCCGAAGUCGAGGUGAGUUUAGGACGGACGGAUAGGGAGAAACGAGGCGUGAUUGAUUUUGGCGAACUCACCGAUCUUGCGAGUUCGCGCGCGUCGAUGUCGGACGGUGAAGAAGACCCGUUGGCGCCUCGGUAUGGACGUCGGAGACGAAGCAGACACUCGAGGAGCGGUAGCGUGAGUUCGAGCGACGGCGCCGUCAUCGCGACGCAACCAGAUCCGUUGAGCGGGAGCGAGAGCGGAGGUGAAAGCAGCGUGCGUGGAACCGCUGGCGUCCCGGGGGUGGUGCAAGAAACGUUCGAGGCCGACCCUGAUUUGGACGAGCGUUUGGUGAUAUAUUACGGACGCUUCAAAGGCGGAACGGUGCACAGCAUCAAACUGAGCGCGACGUUUGACGCGCCGCCGCAUAGACUCGUCGCCAUCGCGCGCGAGUGGGAUUUAAUGACGCUUUGGAACGUCUAUGCCAUAGAAACGUCCAUAAUGCUCGUUCGCGGGCUCACGCACUUGGUCGUAUACUCCGCCAUUUGGCUUCCCUGGCCGCUGAGCGCUCGAGACAAAAUCAUCGUCAUCGAUUCCACGUACGUCGGUCAACCGCCGACGCGAGCGUACGAUCACUUGAACAUCCCCGGCAUGGAUGAUUUCGAAUCAGAAGUCCCGCAUUCGUGUGCGAUAUUAAUCACUCGAACCAACAAAUCGGGCGACGACCUGGGUUCGGGCGCGCCACCGUCCGCCAAAUCGCGCAAGCGCAUCGAAUUCGUCGGCAAUUGCGGCAUGCGCAUGCGCGCGCUCCCGCCCGUCGCCGGUUCAAAAUCCAUCCGCACCCGCGGCGACAUCGUCGUCCACGCCGACGUCAAGAUGCGUUUCAUCCCCACCACCGUCGUGCGUUUCGUCCUUCGCGUCAUGGCUCCGUGGGUCCAUCGCAUGAUCGACAAGAUGCUCAAAUCGCCAAAGUAUUUCGGCGCGAGCGAUUCGUUGUUUCAGCCGCGCAUCGACGCCAAUCCUGAUUUAUAUCGCAUGGUUCGUCGACGGUUGGGCGAACCCGAAUUCGACGACGUCACCGCCGAGGUCAUCGUUCCCGACGCCCUGGCGCGCGCGCGGCCCGUCGUCGCGUCCGCGUCGUCGUCGUGA